AUGGCGUCUCUGAGGAUGCCCCUGCUCCUGGCCCAGAUGGUGAUCCUGGCGCUCUUUUGCCUUCCCCAGGCUCGGCCGGCCGGCGUCUUCGAGCUGCAGAUCCACUCCUUUGGGCCAGGCCCAGGCCCGGGGGCACCGCGGUCCCCGUGCAGCGCCCGGGGCCCCUGUCGCCUCUUCUUCAGAGUCUGCCUGAAGCCUGGCGUCUCUGACGAGGCCGCCGAGUCCCCGUGUGCCCUCGGCGCAGCGCUGAGCGCGCGUGGCCCCAUCUACACCGAGCAGCCCGGAGUGCCCGCGCCCGCCUUGGCGCUGCCCGACGGUCUCCUGCGCGUGCCUUUCCGUGACGCCUGGCCGGGCACCUUCUCCCUCGUCAUCGAGACCUGGAGGCAGCAGUUAGGGGAGCAGAUGGGAGGGCCCUCCUGGAGUCUGCUGGCGCGUGUGGCCGGCCGGCGGCGCCUGGCAGCCGGGGGCCCGUGGGCCCGGGACGUGCAGCGAGCAGGUGCCUGGGAGCUGCGCUUCUCCUACCGCGCGCGCUGCGAGCCGCCGGCCGUCGGGGCCGCGUGCGCGCGCCUCUGCCGCUCGCGCAGCGCCCCCUCGCGGUGUGGCCCGGGACUGCGCCCCUGCGCGCCGGCUCAGGACGAGUGCGAGGCGCCGCCCGCGUGUCGAGCAGGCUGCAGCCCGGAGCACGGCUUCUGCGAGCAGCCCGACGAGUGCCGCUGCCUGGAGGGCUGGACCGGGCCCCUCUGUACCGUCCCUGUCUCCACCAGCAGCUGCCUCAGCCCCAGGGGCCCGCCCUCUGCCGCCACCGGAUGCCCCGCGCCUGGGCCCGGGCCCUGUGACGGGAACCCGUGCGCCAACGGGGGCAGCUGCAGCGAGACGCCCGGGGCCUUCGAAUGCGCCUGUCCCCGCGGGUUCUACGGGCUGCGGUGCGAGGUGAGCGGGGUGACGUGUGCCGACGGGCCCUGCUUCAACGGGGGCCUGUGUGUUGGGGGCGCAGACCCCGACUCUGCCUACGUCUGCCACUGCCCCCCCGGGUUCCAAGGCUCCAACUGCGAGAAGAGGGUGGAUCGGUGCAGCCUGCAGCCCUGCCGCAACGGCGGGCUCUGCCUGGACCUGGGCCACGCCCUGCGCUGCCGCUGCCGCCCCGGCUUCGCGGGCCCGCGCUGCGAGCACGACCUGGACGACUGCGCCCGCCGCGCCUGCGCCAACGGCGGCACGUGCGUGGAGGGCGGCGGCGCGCGCCGCUGCUCCUGCGCGCUGGGCUUCGGCGGCCGCGACUGCCGCGAGCGCGCCGACCCGUGCGCCGCGCGCCCCUGCGCCCACGGCGGCCGCUGCUACGCCCACUUCUCGGGCCUCGUCUGCGCCUGCGCGCCCGGCUACAUGGGCGCGCGCUGCGAGUUCCCGGUUCACGCCGACGGCGCGGACGGAGGCGCGGGCGCGCUGCCCGCGUCCCCGAGGCGGGGCGACCCGCAGCGCUUCCUUUGGCCGCCGGCUCUGGGGCUGCUGGUGGCCGCGGGCUUGGCCGGUGCGGCCCUCCUGCUGCUCCACGUGCGCCGCCGUGGGCUUCGCCGGGAUGCCGGGUCUCGUCUGCUGGCUGCGACCCCGGAGCCGCCGGUCCACGCGCUCCCGGACGCCCUCAACAACCUGAGGACGCAGGAGGGCCCCGGGGACGGCCCGAGCUCCUCAGCGGACUGGGAUGGCCCGGAAGAUGGAGACUCCCGGGCGAUCUACGUCAUUUCUGCGCCCGCCCUGUGUGCUCGGGAGGCCUAACCGCCCUCCCCCGCUCAGAGCCUGUGGGCCGAGCCUGGACCCCGCAGGCCGCAGGGAUGGAGUGGAUCUGACCUGCGAGCUGUACAUAGUGGUUAUUUAUAUCCUGUUUUUUAUUCCCGCUCCCCACCUCU